CUCAUACUUACAACAAAAAAAUCAUUUUGUUUACAAACGUGACAAUAAUGGACCAACGAAGAUCUUUUCCAGUUUCUGUUAUAGGGUAUGAGUUUAUGGCACCAUAUGAGUUUGAUCUAAUAGUUGACACCAAUUCAGGUGGAAACAUUAUCAUCACUGAUAUCAACCAUAAUAUACUACUCCAAGUAAAGCCAUGUGACACAAUGUUACAUCAUCAGCGUAUGCUCCUCGAUGCCGAUGGCCGACCCAUCGUUAGGCUUCGGGAGAAGAUAAUGACUACACAUAAUAGAUGGAAAGCAUAUAGAGGUGACAGUACAUCCAGUUCGAGCAAGCUAUUCAGCACAAAAGAACCAAACAUGAUUCAGUUUAAGACCGGUUUGCACGUAUUCUUGGCAAACAAAAAGAGUGGGAAGGAUGUUUGUGAUUUCAAGAUAGAAGGAAGCUGGUCCAAACGAAAGUGCAAAAUAUCAUCUAUGGGAGAUUCUAAAUCUUCAACCACAAUAGCACAAAUGCAUAAAUUUCAAAAAUCGAAGAAAGACAAGUUUGAUAAGGGCAAAUUCUUGGUGACUAUUUAUCCUAAUGUGGACUAUGCGUUCGUUGUCACACUUAUUGCUAUUAUCGAUGCUAUGAAAAACAUAGAUAAGGAAGUUACUGCAUCUGCCACUGAAAUGUUUGCAACAAUGGCUUCUGGGGGUUUGGCUUAAACUACAUAAUUUAUAACAUUACAAAUAUAGUAAUCCGAUUUUAAGCACUCUAGUUGAUUUGGAUCAGAAAUAGUUGCAGUGAACAUUCACAUCAGCAAUCCUAUUUUUUCAUAGUAGGUGCAGUCCUUUUAAUUUCUCUUCUUGUUGUAUCUGCACCCAAGGAUAUGUGUUAGCUUUAUAUUUUAGUGGUGUCGAAUUGUAAUUAUCCAAGUGUGGAAGGAGUAUUAGUGAAAUUAGGAUAAUGUAUAAAUACCCCUUCCCACCUCCUUUGUACUUCUUCGUUUCACCCAUUUUAUAUACAUAUGCAUAUUGAAAUAUC